CCCAUCUGCACACGCGGCCUUUAUUUUUUACGUCCACGCUUUAGACUGUCGACAACGCAAGUUCAUCGCUUUUCUUUUAUUUAUUUUUAUACAUCUUAUUUCGAUUCUACACAACAAUGACCUCGAUUGGUACUGGUUAUGAUCUUUCGGUGUCUACCUAUUCCCCUGAUGGACGCGUCUUCCAAGUCGAAUACGCAAAUAAGGCCGUUGAUAACAGCGGUACUGCCAUUGGUCUCCGUGUCAAGGAUGGUGUUGUUCUUGCAGUAGAAAAGUUGGUCCAGUCCAAACUCUUGGUCGCUAAUGCCAACCGUCGCAUCCAGAGUGCUGAUUUGCACAUUGGCGUUGCUACUGCUGGUCUUUUGGCUGACGGUAGACAUUUGGUCAACCGUGCACGCGAUGAGGCACAGUCCUGGAGAGAUAUUUAUCGUCAGCCUAUUCCCGGCAAGGCUUUGGCUGAUCGUUUAGGCCAAUAUGUUUCUGCUUAUACUCUUUAUUCGAGUGUUCGUCCUUUUGGUUGUGGAACCAUUGUUGGAUCAAUGACCGAGGGUGAACCUUCGUUGUACCUUAUCGAGCCAUCUGGUGUCUACUGGGGUUACCGUGGUUGUGCUGUCGGCAAGGGCAAGUCUGUUGCCAAGACAGAGAUCGAGAAACUCAAGAUGGAGGAGAUGACUGUUCGCGAGGCAGUUAAUGAGAUUACCCGCAUCAUCUAUACCUGUCAUGAUGAAGCAAAGGACAAAGAUUUUGAAUUGGAAUUGAGCUGGAUUUGCCCAGAGUCCAAGUACAAGCACCAGUUUGUGCCAAAGGAGAUUAAGGAAGAGGCCGAAAGACUUGCCAAGGAAUCUUUGGAUGAUGAGAUGGAGGACUAAGAAAAUACUAAUAAAAAUAAAUAAAAAAAAAAGAAGAAGAAGAAUAAGGGAAAAAAAGAAAUAAAGAAAUAACGACGAGCAGGAUAAUAAAAAUAAACACACUAUUAUUCUCAGAAUUGAAUCAUGACAAGUUAAAAACAAAAAUACAAAAUACAAAACAUAAAAAAAAAUUGU